UUGAAUUUAGAUAGGCGACAGUUAUGGACAUCGAUAACAGCAAAUAUUACAUUGAAAGCGAACAGAUUCCUGAAGAUGACAAUGCAUCUUCAAUAGUAUCGGUUAAAAUCGAAGAUUUACCAGAUACUUUGAAAGAUGAUGAACUUGAUCCACUUGUCUCGAGAGUCAAGGACACGAUAAAAGACUCAGAAGCAAAGGAAAGGUUUUAUGGACUCGCUUCUGAUGUUCAUUCUCAAGAUUCUCCCCCAUCUGUUGAUCAGUUUUUCCGUAAUUACUUACAAAACAAUGGAUUUCUUGAGACUCUCGAUGUCUUCCAGGCAGAAUGGUUCAAGUUCUUGCAUAAAGGUUUAUUGAAUAAAGAAGCUGCCCCAGUUCCUGAUAUUUAUAUACUGAACGAUGAGUUAAGAAAUACGAUAAAAGAUAUAAGAUCAGAAAAUUUGACUUUGAAAAAUUCAGUUUUGAAGCUAAGUGAUGAGUUGAAAAAAGUUAGGAAUGAACGAGAUUAUCAUAUGAUCAAACACAGAAAAACGUUACAAGAUAAAGAGAAGCUACACUGUGACAUAAAAAGAGUAAAAGAACAUUAUGCCGAAUAUGAGCCAAUUUUAAGAUUAUUAAGACAAAAAUAUGAAACAGCAAUGAAAGAAAAAACGUUACAUAGAAUUGAACGAGACAAAGCUAUGAACCAAGUUGAAGGACUACGACAUGCUUUAACUUCAUUACAAAAAUUAGGUAUAACGUCGAAUGAUGCAAACGAUAUUGAAAAUGUUGAUCUGGAUCAUAAAAUAACUGAGAAAAGGUUGGAAAAUACAACAAGUGGAGAGAAUAAAAAAGAAACUGAUCCAACGUGUAAAAAGAAUUAUAUGAGAUCAGAAAAGUUUAAUAUCCAAACUAAACUGGGUCAUAAUUUGAAAAGGAUUGGAUUUUGUGAUUUAUCUAUUGAUUAUAAAGUGAAUCCAUUAUUGGCAAAACUUACAAAUCAUUCAUAUAAAUUUGCACGAUUAGAUAAUAGAAAAUUAGAUAUGAGUAUACAUGCUCAUAAUGCAGCUAUUAGCAAAUUAGCUAUUCAUUCAAAUAAAUCAUGGUUAUGUUCAAUUGGUGAUGAUAAAUUAUGGAAAUUGUGGAAAAUUCCAAAAUUAGAAUUAUUAAUGGAAUAUAAAUUAAUAACAAAUGAUUGGAUAUCAUCAAUUGAUUUUCAUCCAAAAGAAGAAAUAUUAGCAACAGGAAAUGCUCAAGGUUCUAUACAAAUAUGGAAAAUCGACCUUAACGAUGACAAGAUAUCGGAACAGAAUCAUUGUAAACGUAUUGGUAUUUUACGUCAACAUACUGGAGCUGUUUGGUCUGUAAAUUGGCAUUGGACUGGUACUUAUUUAGCUAGUUGCGGUAUGGAUAAUACAAUACGUUUAUGGAAUGUUGAACAUGCUAUGAUGUCAUUUAAAAUGAAUAAAGAGUUAUUAAGUACACGUUCUGCAACAUCAUGUUGUACAAUACUUAGAGGGCAUAGUAAAUCAGUGAAUUCUAUUCAAUUUUUACCUUAUGGAAAUAUUUUAGUUACUGGUUCAUCAGACAGAACAGUGUGUUUAUGGGAUGGUCGUUCGGGUUUAUGUGAGCAUACAUUUCUUGGUCAUACACAUUCAAUCAAUUGUGCUAUAUUUAAUCAACAAGGUACCAAUGUGAUAUCAUGUGAUAGUGGAGGUUUUAUUCGAUUAUGGGAUCUUCGUAAAAUCAAUAAUUUCUCAUUUGAAACAAAUUUACCUACAUUAAAAAUGAAAAUGCCCAAUAAUAAUAAUAAUAAUAAUGUGGAGGUGAAAUGUUUGCCUACUUGUUUUGAUUUGAAUAAAACUCGAAAAUUUGAUCGUUUGAAUCAUCAUCAUCCUCAUCAACAACAUUCUAAUCAUCAUUCAAAUCCUACAUCUAUACAACAUAAACAAUUAGAACAACGAAAUAAAUUUGGAAUUAAUCAAUUAGUUAUUGAUUUGAAUAGUGAAUAUAUUGUUGCUGGUUGUGAUGAUUCUAAAAUUUAUUGUAUAGAAAUAUCAACUGGUCAAAUAUCUACAUUACAAGGACAUGAUGAUUCGGUUCAAUCCAUUGUAUUAGAUUAUGAAUCAGGAUAUUUAUAUUCAGCAUCCAGUGAUCAGAAGGUAUGUUCAUGGAUCUGAAUGAAACACAUAACAUUAUUUUAUUAUUUUGAUGGUUAUACAUAAAAGAUUAUCCUUUUUAGAAACAUUUUACAAAAUGAAUUCAAUCAUGUAAAAGCUUUGAAAUAAAUUAAUUUUAUUG